AUGUCGGCCUCAUCUGACCCCGAUGACAACGUCGAAACCGCGGGUCAAUAUGCGAGGCAUGAGAAUUGCUUCAUUAACCAUCGUGGCUAUCCGUUCGACAUCGCGUAUCAAUUAUCUUCUCUCCAACAAACGACCUUUCCCGGCCAGUCAAAUUCUCCGGAACCAGAAGGAGAACACGAGCUAUGUGCCGACCUGUUACCUGAUCCAACGCUUGAGCACAAAGAGCCCCCUAACCGAUAUCAGCAAUUCUUAAAUGGCCUGGAAGAACGCUGUAACAACAUAGAAUCCCUCCCUCGAAUGCUUCCAGCGUGGAAUGAUGCAUACACCACUCUUACAUGGCCGACAAUGUUUCUUGAAAUAGAUUUUGAUCCAGAACUGGACUUAGCAGUACAUAAGGAACAAAUAAGGGCCAAGAGGGACCCCGAUCUCACCAAAGUUUGGCUGCCAGUCUCGCGAAUGGAUGAAGCAAAAGAUGAAGGUCUACAAUUCCCUCAGCGAGCGCGCAGGUUAGCACAGCUGCUUUGGCACCAGCUUGAGAAUGAGAGGACGACAACAGAUGCCGAUCAAAAUUAUUUGGAUGAGAUUAGACAGGAAGCCGAUCAGGUUGUGGAGAGUUUCAGUAAAACAUCAGGCUCUGUGUUGCCAUCCUUAGACGAGAACUUCGUAGAACUCGCGACAAUGUCUGCACUAUCGCAGCAGGACAGAGAAUCCUCUUCCGAUGCAGAGUCUUUUGUUUCGGUCAUUGAUCUUACGUCGGAGCCGGAUAACGUCAACUUACGACAAGACGAUUUCGCCGUGUCAGCAACAGACCCAUGUACCGAUACAAAUACGCAUAUUUGCUCCCCAUCGCAAAUGUUGCCUACCAACGGGACUCAACUUUGCUAUGAAGUGAGUGAGGACUCUCACAAGCAGGAUCCUGAGGUAUUCUGUCCGCCUCGGAUUCGUAAUAGUUUCUCGCCAUCCCCGUACCGUUUCUGUUCGGACGAUUCCAAGUCAUGCUCUUUCCAAGAACCCUAUGACGACGGCAACGAAGCUCUGGUAGCGGUUGUCAGUGAUGAAAUACCAAAGAAAAAGCCGCCUGAUCAGGAGUCUGUCGACCUAUCCAUUUCAAAAUACUUUGUGCAUAACACAGCUUCUGAUACUGCUCAUGAAGCACCCGAACUUCCACGGUUGGAAACCCGACCAAACAAUCGGGUUGAAAUUAUGGUUAAUAAAGGAUUGAGAAGGGGUUUCUCACAGAAGGGCACGGUAGAAGAACGGUUGGUCGGCAUACAAGCCCAAUCCGCUAACCCCAGUUUCCUGGAGCCGUCAAAAGAGUCCAUACAAAAGCGAAAUAGCAGUGAAAAUGCUUACAACACUGGCAACUUGCUAGCUCAGUUUAUGGAAAUGCGAGGUAUUAGAAACAGUCGAGCGAUUAGCUCCGACGCUGGACCGCCGUUGAUAUUGAGUCACCCAAAAGCCAACAUUCCAGGCCAAGAAGUGGCCAAGAUGCAAACCAAUCCAAAUAUCGAAAAAGGUCCGGAUCAACAACCUGCUCUUGUACCAAGAAUGUUGACUCCGAGGAAACCCGAAUGUUGCUUAAUAUCGCUCCAGUUGGGAUAUUCUAUGAUCAAGAACCUAGAGAAAGGUUGGCCGGCCGACAAGUUGGUUGAUAGGGACUAUACGAGGCAUCUACGCCUCUCAGAUCAGUACACAUGUGGCAAUGACGCCGUCUCCUUUAUUUCUCACGCCCAUGAGGUUGAUGUUUCUUUGACGCCAAACGACGGCAUAGUUGUAACGACUCUGUUGCAGGUCAAGCAAAAACGAUUGCCCGGGUCAAAGACUUUGACAUCGCUGCGUCAAAGAAUAUUGAGCCUUAGCCAACAAUACCGAACACUUAUAGUAUUUGUCUCUGAGGCCAAUAUCGCUGGCGAAUACAUGGCAGAACUGCCAACGUCAGAUCUGGCUGCGUAUGCUGAUUUCGUUUGUUUCGUUUCCUACCUUGCAGCGGAUAUUAAUGUUUACCUUGUCCCAGGGUCAGACAAGACACUCUCCCGCUGGAUCUUGUCGGUCAUGGCACACUAUAGUCCACAAAUGGAGCAUCUUGGAGACAGCAUGGCAUUUUGCGAUACCAAGUGGGAGCUGUUCUUUCGACGAUCUGGAAUGACGGCAGAGCAACAAAUGUCAAAAUAUGGGGCGCCGUUGGGGCUGGAAGGACAUAUUUUACGUGCAGGGCGAAUAUGGGAUAUUGAUAACAAGAAAAUAUAG